AGGCGGGACAGAGAGCGUCACUUUCUCCUGUCCACCAAUCAUCUGUUAGCUGAUUCAGGCCCGCCCUUUCCGGCUCCCCGUGCAUAGGAGGAAGGGACCAAAUGGGAAUCUCCCAGGAACCCACUGAGCCAGUGAUGGGGAACCAGGAUCCAGAUCAGCUGCAUGAGACAAUCCUGACUCUCACACUGGAGAUUAUCUACCUGCUGACUGGAGAGGGCUAUAUUGUUACAAAGAAGUCGGGUGAUGACAUGCCCCUCCCACAGAGCUGCACUGACUGUAUGUUGGGAGGAGCCUGCAGGCACCAUGUGACCAGCCCAACGGUGGCCCCUCCCCCUGGCUCCGUCAUACAGAAGGAAAAUGCCAAGAAGAUCCUGGAACUGAUGUCCAACAUCAUCCAGCUGCUGACUGGAGAGGUUGCCAUAAGGUGUGAGGACGUCUCCCUCUAUUUCUCCUUGGAGGAGUGGCAGUAUUUAAAGGGGAACAAGAGCCGUUACAGGGAAGUGAUAAGAGGAAGUGUGCAGCAGACAGAUUGCUCAGAGGAAGACCAGAGAGAUGUUCCAGCUGAUGGAGAAUCUCUAUUAUACUGUGACAGUAAAUCCAGCAAGAUUGUGGCUGAAGAACCAUUUCUUCUGCAAAGACAAGCUCUCCCAAACAUGCCUCCAGCCACUCCCCCACAGAGACCACCCAACUGUAUCCCUCAUGGGAUUAAGGAGAAACUGGCUUCAUGGGAAGGAGAAGAAGGUUCCCAUCCAUGGACAGUACAAGGCACAGACAUAUCUACUGACCCAAAUAACACUUUCCUUUUCCAUGAAAUGAAAGAGGAGGAGGAGGAGGAGGAUUCAUGGGAAGAAGGGAAAGAUUCCGAGUACAGCAUAGUUACAGUCACGGAGCCGAUGGAGGAAACGCUUGAUAUGGACUUUGACCCAAAUAAGUCUUUCUCUUCAGUGACUAUUUCUGAACUGGAAACCACUACACACAUUGGAGAUGAAAGCCAGAAGGUCCAUAUGAUUGGUCACAAAGAUCUUGUGAGGCACCACAGAACCCAGACGGGGCAGAACCUGUUUGCUUGUUCCGUAUGUGGGAAAUGUUUCACACAACGUGAAAAACUCAUUGAGCAUUUUAGGAAUCACACGGGGGAGAAACCGUUCGCUUGUGACGAGUGUGGCAAACGAUUCACUCAUCGUGCAAAACUGAUGGGCCAUCAAAGGACUCACAAGGGGGAGAAACCAUUCACCUGCUCACAAUGUAAGAAAUCCUUUGCCCGGCAGAACGAACUCAAGAGACACUUUAGGAUCCACACGGGGGAGAAACCGUUCUCUUGCUCUGAAUGUGGCAAGUGCUUUAAGCAGCGCUCGCACCUUGAGGUUCACUACAGGAUCCACACGGGAGAGAAACCCAUCUCUUGUUCUGAAUGUGGCCAGUGCUUCGCCCGGCACACUGAACUCAACCGACACCUUAUAACUCACACCGGCUAUAAACCCUUCUCUUGUUCCAUAUGUGGCAAAUGCUUUGGGCUUCGGAGCGGCCUCACAAGACACUUCAGAAUUCACACUGGGGAGAAUCAGAAAUCUUGCUCAGUCUGUAACUGUCCAAACUCUGGGCCGGCUCUUAUUAGCUGAGUGGCCCUUCUCCUUGUGGAUCAACAGAAAAAGUUUUUUUUGCCGCACACCACUUACUUUCUUGCUGGGUGCAUCCGUAUCCCUGGCUGCUUCCACGCCAAUUGUUACAGCGAAUGUAUGUCCAAAGUGGGAAGGAGCACACCAGAAUAAGCAGGCAAUGCCUUAAGUCAUUUGCAGAUUUAUUGAGUACACAAGCUUUCGGGGACACAACCCCU